AUGUCGACAGCCUGUCUUUCGGCGACGGAAUCGGGGUACUUCUCCUUCGACCAGCAGAUCCACACGAGUCAUGUGCCGGAUGAAUUGGACGCAGAAGGCGGCAUCGAUAUCGACUACCAGAUCACGUACGGUUGGAGAUCGUCGUGCACGUGGGUGAGAGCGGAGUACACCGAAAGCAAUGGCGAAGAAAAGGCGAAAGAAGAUAGCGGGUGCUUUGGGCUGGCGGAGAAGGAGUUGGAAGAUGAGACGGAGGCGGUCCUAGCGGGAGGGAGGUCCAUGGAUGCCGACACCGGGCUGGCGGUUGCGCUGGGCCACGCCGUGGCUGCAGCCGUAGCUUCGAUCCACAUCCUCUUCUUCGUGCUGCUGUAUUUCAACAUCGACCCAGCGCCUGUGAGAGGCUACCUGUACAUGCGAGGGCUGGGGCUGAUGUCGGCCCUUACGAGCUUCUACCUCCUCUUCACCUGCGUGGUGUCGUUCUUCUUUGCCAUCAAGGGCAGCUUGGACGUUAACAUGUCUACCUCCGCUGGUCUGCGUCCCUCUUGGGCCUACGUACUCACGGUUAUCGAUGUUACGAUCAUGGUGGUCGUGGGGAUGCUGGCUUGCCAGGACGAGGAGGUUGAUGCAGCCAUUGCCACACCGCAGUACACGUCCUCUUCGAGAGACGAGGACACCGUGAAGCGCGCCAACGGGAAGCUGUUGCACCUGCGGUCCAAAUCGGGCGACACCUUCUGCGAAGCGUCCACAUCCUUGAAUGGACCGGACGCCUCGGCCUCCUCCGCCCCGAAAGCCACCGUGGGUAGCGGCAACAUAAUGACCGGCGGCAGCGGAGUAGUUUUCGGGGGAGCGCAUCCCCCCGCAACCGCCGCUGCUAUGAGCGGGCUAGGAGCAGGCGGCGGGGGUGCUGCCGCUGGCGCGGAGUCGGCGUCGCCGGCCGGGAGCGAAAGCGAGAACGGCAGCGUUCUCAGCAGCUGGACCGGUGGGGUUAGCGCCCUCAGUCCUCACCGGGUUAGCAAGGACGGAGACGACGACGACGACGAGGAGGAGGAGGAGGAGGAGCAGGAUGAGGAAGAGCGUGGUGCGAGCGGCAGCGGCAGUCUGAGAAGUAGCGGGGGUAUUCUCGACGCGGCGCUGCACGCGCGAGAGGCAGAGGCAACGGGGCUUGGUAGCGGCGACGCGGGCGAGGAAGCGGGGGGUCCGGUGGUUGUGGUUGUGGUACCCGGUGAUGGUUGUUGUGGCAGCGGCGGCGGCGAUGGGCAAGGAGGUACGAAUGAUGGCGGCGAUGGUGUUGGUAACGGCAACGGGCACCUCUCCGCGGCAACGGCGCCGGCGCCGGCGCCGGCGGUAAGAGCAGCUGCGGCGCCAGCCGGAAACGAACAAGCGGCGGCGGCGGCGGCGGCAGCGGAAGCGCAGCGACCACCUCUCUGUAGGGUAAGCCCACCAGCACCGGCGGAUGGCACAGCUGCAGCAGCGGCGGCACCAUCACGAGGCGUAGCGCCGGCACAAGGCACGGAAGCGGCGGCAACGGCGGCACCGAUACAAGAAUCUUCGCAGAUUUUUUCUACGGCGAGGACAGCGUUCAGCGUUGCCUUCGCUGAGACGGCGAAUCGUGACGAGCCGCUAGAGCUCGCGGAGGCAGGACGCGGCGCCGUAGACGGUGGUCGUGGCGGAGCUCUUCGAGAUGCAGCCCACCCUGCUGGGUUUUCGCCGGAGGAGGACGUCUGAACGAUGUCUUCCUUCACCCGUAGCGGAUGGAUUGCUUCCUCGAGCAUCCAAGAGGGACAAAGUUCUCUACUCGAGGAGAAUCCAUUGACCUGCCUACUUUCCCGCGUGCGUUGGUUGCACCGUGAGGCUGCGUGGGCCUAAUGCCAUGGUGACUGCCGGGGAUGUGGGUCGAUUUUGCUUGUCCCAAAACGUGGGAUGCAUGGGUUCGGUCGUGCUUGGAUCUUUUCUGGGUCGAAAUAUGAGACGUGACUUUCGAGUGGUAUAUGGAUGAUCUGAUGGUGUUUGCAGAGGUUUUGAUUUAUCCCUAUGCAUACGCGUGCGUGAGAUUAGAGGGAGAGAGGUUCUGCUCCCGUUGAUGAGGGAUGGAACAUGUUUUGGUCUUGCCUUCUGUUGUGGCGGUAGGACGCAUGGCUUUGUCGCAGAGACCUGUUUGGGGGGGGGGGGGCUAGGCUAACGGAUGGAUAGCGACAGAGACUGGACGAGGGAUGGUCAGAGAGAUUGGCCGGCUGCGUGCUCUUUCUGCCUGCCGAGCGUCUGUUCUCGCUUGUCGAGAGAUGAAUCGAAUCGCUUAGGGCGAUGAGACGAUCGCCUGCCUGUCAAGUGCUGUUGCCUCGACUUCUUGUACGGUGGUGGUACCGUCUGGUAUCGCUGAUGCUGGAUGGAUUAGAGAUGGAUGGGAUGUGAGCUAGCUCACCAUCUUUGCCUGGCCGUCUUUUGUUGUUGCCGCGAAGACCUUAGAUCGGAGGAGAGCAAUGGCGUAGAACCUGGAACAGUACGAUCGAGGGGGGGGGGUCCGGCGGAAUUGGUGGCAAGACACUUGCACCAAAACGACGGUUUUCCUUCAUGUAUUUUUUUCGAACUUGAUGGGUAUCAUAUCUUUUAAGGUGUCCUCUACUCUGUUGUCGUUGUAUGGCAUUGGUUUCUCUCUGAGUGUAUGUGUGUUUUUUUUUUUGUCGCUGUGGGUAUGCAUAUGGCGUGUCGCCGUCGCUUGGCGUCGGUGAACUGCGUCUUCCGUGAGAGACUUUUUUGCGCACUUUUUACGUAUGUACCCUUUUGCCUGUGUGCUUUUCCGGAGUACUUGUUGCUGCAUGUGCGUGACAAAGGCUGCUGUUGGGAUCCCGUGGCGGCGGGGGAGCGUGCAGAAUGUAUACAUUAGGUGGGCCUUUCCCUCCGCUCUCCUCACCGUCCUCCUGCUACUUGCCUUUUGGAAAUGUCCGCGUUAAGGUAUUUGUUUUGAUGAUACGGAUGUCUGCAUGGAUGGUUACUCUCUUGUUCGUUUGCCCAUGGUCAAGUCAAGUGUUGGUAAAAAAUGAUUCGUGUUUUUCUCGGGCGUGGGGUGUAGGUGUGUUUUGGUGCCUCGUUUCGUAGAGUAUAGAUGGCGUGAGAUGUGAGAUAUACUGGUCACCAAUGAUGGCGUCCACUGUUUGAGCGUUUUUAAGAAACCGUCACAAGGUGUGGUAAUCUUAAGGGGGGUUUACAGUAGUACCCUGCGUUACCCCCCCCUCCCUCGCCCCCCUCUAAUAUCUUGAUUUCAGAGUGUUUUUUUGUUUGGCCGCACUUCGUAGCACAUGUGGUUUCUUCCGUGGCCCGCGGUGCGGCAGUUUUUUUUUGUGUGUAUGUUGAGGGUGCUCAUCCACGUGGAGAAGACAGGGGGGCCGCUGGAUGGGACCCUUCUUUCUUUGGAUUCAUUCGUCGUCUUUUGCUUUUG